GAUGAUCGUUCAGAAUUGGAACGCCGAUAAAAUUUACCAGGCAAGACGAAUUAAAGAAUUGCGUCUACGGGUGACGUGCCGAAUCGUUUGGCGAUCUUGUAUUCCUGCUGGCCGAUACGAUGGAAAGUUGGCCUGCGUGUUGCCCGUACCAUAGGAAUUUAAACGGGGAUAUAGGUAUAAGAACACGGAGACGGGGAGUCGUUCGCGGUAGUGUGAGGCAUAAACGCGCCGGCACCACUCCCAGCGUGACCACCAUUGCGACACAGGACACGGAUACGGCCAUGCGCGUCGCGGUGAUCUUGUUGGCGUGCAUCACUGCGCUGGCUUCGGCCCAAUUUAACCAGGAUGACAAUUUACCACCAAAAGGACCGUCCCUGCGAUCAGCUCGUUUCCAAAAGUUGCCGUCUGCUCGACCAGCACUUCCAACGCAGGCUGCACUCGCGAAUCAACGAAUUCGCCGUCCAAUUACUUUCAGAGCAAGGGGUCCCGAGGAUUCUAUCGGGACAGGUCCGGGUUUCGCGGCAAUCAGAUCGUUCCGGCCAAGUCUGCCGACAGGACCGGCGCCGCUUCCUCAACAAGUUAAACCAGUAAACGAGGAGCCAGAAAUCGAGGAAAUUCGAAAUCGCGAGUUGCCGCGCGACCACGACAAUCAAGACGACGAUGCCGAUUUGAGCGACGAACCGCUCGACAGCCAGGAGGAAAGCGAAGAGAAUCUACCUCGUGGCGUUUCAAAUCUAGCCACCGUGGCAAAAACCUCCGCUAUAAUUGGCCCGACGGUGCAGCCGGUGCAAUAUCGUCCUCUGCCAGUGUCAGGAAACCCAAGUGGCAGAGCAAGUAUAAUACCAACAGCACCGACGCCAGCGCCGGUUCAGUAUCGACCGGCAGCAAAACCGAGCAAACCAAGGAAACCAAUAGAAGAGCCAUUUAAGCAACAGGUCAAACCACCUACAAAAUCAGUAAAUCCAUCACAGCCUUACGACACUCGCGGAAAGAAGCCCGUUGCGCAGAUUAUCAGGAGAUACCGCAAUGAUAAUCCGGACGGUUCGAUCACCUGGGGCUUCGAGAACGACGACGGAUCGUACAAGGAAGAAAUAAUCGGCGUCGAUUGCAUCACUAGAGGUAAAUACGGGUAUAUCGAUCCUGACGGCAUUCGUCGGGAAUAUACAUACGAAACUGGCAUCAAAUGCGACGAGGAACAACGAGAAGAAGACGAGAACGGGUUCGUUGAUUACCAAGAGAACAAACUGGUACUACCCGAUGGUAAAACUAUAGAUUUAUCGAGUAUGGGUAAAAAACAAGCUCGUAGACCUCGUUUCCAUUAGUAAUAUAUUAUUUUAUCUUAAUAUAUCUUCUUUUAUUUCAUUUCGGACAAUCGAGAGACAUCGAUCAUUAGAAAAAAAAAAAAAAAAAAAAAAAAAGAAAACGAAAUUCUCGUGAAAUCUUUCUCUCACAAUUCCCCAUUUUUGAAAUAUUUAUACCAUCUUACUUCAAGUACUGGAAAAGAAAGAGCUUUAUUAAGUAAAAUGUAAGUAACAUAAAAUAACAACUUAAAUUACUAAUCAUUAUAAGUUAGAACCAUAGUUGGCGAUUAUGUAUCCUGAUAACGAUGACUAAAAUUGAUGUAACACCGAAUGAUUCAUUUCGUUAUGCAUUGAUCUAAUAAUACAAGUCCCGUCUUGACCAGAAUGUAUUCUUUAUGUUCGAAAUUUGUAAUUAGGAGGUGUUUAGUACGUAUCUAUAUCAUGUACAUAUAAAUGUAGGUACCUGUAUCAAGAUCAACGAAUAAAAGUAACAAACUACA